AUGAGGCUGAACGGUAGGGCAAUCGCGCUGCUCGCAGCGACUGUAGCUGCGGAGCCAGUCCCACGCGCAGCAAAGGCACCCACUGUAGAUCUCGGCUACGCGGUGUACGAGGGGAGUCUUGAUACUAACAACAGUAUCAAUGCUUUCAAAGGCAUUCGCUACGCUGCACCUCCCUUCGGCAAGCUGAGGUUUGCGGCUCCUCAGGCACCAGCAACAAAUAGGACUUCGACAAUCGCAGCGACCAGUAAUCCUCCAUUCUGCCCACAGACCGGUGCUUCUUCUGAGACACCUGCUGCAUACGGGUUCACGUCUGCUCUCGGCAACGAGGAUUGCUUGUUUUUGAAUGUGUACGCCCCAGCCAAUGCUAAGAACUUGCCCGUGUUCUUCUGGAUCCAUGGCGGCGGCUACGGCUUGUUCAGCGCUACAGGACUUGACCCUACAGAGUUUAUGAAGCAGAACAACAAUGGCUUCAUUAGCGUGAUCAUUCAGUACCGUCUUGGUGCUUUUGGCUUUCUCUCGUCUGAGGACGUGAAGAAAGACGGCGCGCUCAAUGCUGGUCUGCUUGACAUGAACUUUGCCCUGCAAUGGGUCCAGAAGUAUGCGGGCAAGUUCGGUGGUGAUCCAAGCAGGGUGACUAUCGCUGGUGAGAGUGCCGGUGGUGCCGCUGUGCUGUACCAAAGCAUGGCCUAUGGUGGCAAGCAAAAGGACAAUCUAUUUCAAAAUGUCAUCACUGCGAGCCCAUGGAUUCCAUUUCAGUACAAGUACAACGAUGAUCAGCCCACCAAUGCUUACAACGAUUUCGUUGCUGCAGCUCGUUGCUCUAAUUCGAAGGAAAAGCUACAGUGUCUCCGCGAUGCCGACACGGUUGUUGUUCAGAACGCCAGCGCCAAGGUCUCUGAGGCUGGGCCCUUUGGCACUUUUGCUUUUUUGCCAGUGACCGACGGCUCAUUCGUCAAGCAACGCCCCAGUCAGCAGCUCGCCGCCAGGGCCGUGAAGGGUGUCCGCGUACUUUCCGGCAACAUGGCCAACGAAGGUGUUCCUCUCAGUCUACCUACCACCCGCACACUGCAGGACUUCAGGGACUACAUUGACACAACAUUCCCUCACUUCAACCAGUCCGAGAAGACCGCCACUGAAAAGCAAUACUCGUACGCCGGCGAUACCCAAGAUGUGAACCCAGCCGCCCCACUUUUCGCAACAACAGGUACCGCCGCGCCCACCGCUGUCAACCAAUCGACUUUCGGAACUGGCCAGCAACAGCGUGUCUUCAAUGUCUUUGCCGAAUACGCUUUCAUAUGCAACAGCUACUGGGCCGCCUCCGCGUUCCCUGUGGCAUGGAAGUACCAAUUCAGCGAGCCGCCCUCGUAUCACGGCUACGAUCUGCAGGCGCUCUGGUCCGGCACACGUACACCUGGUGCGAGUUUCAAGCGCGCAUUCCGAAAGAUCUGGGGUAACUUCAUUACGCAGAAUACGCCCGUGAUCUCUAUCGAGGAUGCCAAGGGUGGCGUUGCGAACAGCACUGUGCCCUCUACGAGUGGGAAUGGGGACAAUAUCAAUUGGCCCACUUGGGAUGAGAAGAAGCCUAUGCUGCUGAAUCUAAAUGCUACCGGGGGUGUAGCGACGUUUAUUCAGGCGACGACGGAUUUAUUCUAUAACGUUUACAGUGAUCCGGGGGUCAGCAACCAAAUAAAACUGGCCGAUGCGAGAGAUUGGGAGGGAGGAAGGGGUAAGAGGUGUGACUUCUGGAAGAGCGUCGCGAAAGACGUGCCAUACUAG